GGGCGCACAUCCUCCUCCAGGAGCUGAGGCGCUUGCGCACGCAGCGUCAAGGGGCGGGGCCAUGGGCGAACUGGAAAUAAUUGCGCAGACGCCGGGUGGGUUGGCCUUUCCGAGGAACCAAGAUGGCGGAAGUGGAGCAGAAGAAGAAGCGGACCUUCCGCAAGUUCACCUACCGCGGCGUGGAUCUCGAUCAACUGCUUGACAUGUCUUAUGAGCAGUUGAUGCAGCUGUAUAGUGCCCGGCAGCGGCGGCGGCUAAACCGGGGCCUGCGAAGGAAGCAGCACUCGCUCCUGAAGCGCCUGCGCAAGGCCAAAAAGGAGGCGCCGCCCAUGGAGAAGCCAGAGGUGGUGAAGACACACCUGCGGGACAUGAUCAUCCUGCCGGAGAUGGUGGGCAGCAUGGUGGGCGUAUACAAUGGCAAGACCUUCAAUCAGGUGGAAAUCAAGCCUGAGAUGAUUGGCCACUACCUGGGUGAGUUCUCCAUCACCUACAAGCCAGUGAAGCACGGCAGGCCUGGCAUUGGAGCCACCCACUCCUCCCGCUUCAUCCCUCUCAAGUAGUUAAUAAAAAGCAGACUUACCUCA